AUGGAAAACAAUAAUUAUAAACUUUAUAAAUCAGUUUUUGGUAAUAAAUAUUUAUCAAAUGUAAUAUUUAAAAAUGUUUAUAAAUUAAAUGAUCAAUAUUAUGGUCAAAAAGAAUCAUUCACAAGAUGUGUAAAUUAUGAACAAGCAUCACUUGAAUGGAUUUUAAAAAAUCAAAAAUAUGAAUUACUUUAUGAUAAAAUUAAAUCAAAUUAUAAGUUUAGUGAAAAUGAUGAAGGAUUUUCUUUUGUAUGGAUAAAAAAAUUGGUUCAAUUAUUAACAAGUGAAACUGAAAAAGAAAAUAACAAUUUUAUAUUAUUACAAAAAUUUUAUAAAAAUAAUUUAGAUACUUUAAAAAAGGUUAAAUUAUUUCAUAGCUCAACAAAUUUUAUCUGUAUUGGUUUAUUGGAAUUUUCAAUUUACACUCAAAGUAUUGAUUUCUUAAAAUUAGUUUAUCUAGAUUAUCAAAAUGAUAAUAAAACUAAAUCAACUGAAAAUGAUAAUAUUUAUAAAUUUUUGGAUUUAUCAUUGAAAUUUGGGAAUUUAGAUAUUAUAAAAUUUGUACAUAGGGAAAUGGGUAUUGGUUUAAAUGAUAGAAUUAUGGCAUUACAUUUUUCAAUGUUAUCUGAAAAUAGAACAGCUGUGGUAUACUAUUUACUAGAUGAAAUUAAAUUUAAACUACCAACAGAAAAAAAAUAUCAAAAUGAAAUUUUAUUUGAUAAAUUCUUUUUAAAUAUUAUGAAAUUAGAAUUUGAUUUAUUUAAACGUCUUUAUGAAUUAGGUUCACCAUUAUUCUUUAAUAAAAUUUAUUUAAAAAGUUUAUCAUGUUAUUUCAAUAAUACAUUCGACAUAAUUGAAGAAAAUAAGAAAACAUUUAUUCAAUUCUUAAAUUUCUUUCAAAAUUGUAUUUUCUUAUCAGCUAUUUUAUCAAAAUCAAAAUCAACCAUAAAAAGAAAUAGUUUAUUAUUAAAAAAAAUAAAACAUUUAAUAAAUUAUAAUAAUAAUAAUAACAAUAAUAAUGAAAAUGAUAAUAAUAAUAAUAACAAUAAUAAUAAUAAUGAAAAUAUAAUUUAUAAUUUAGAACAAGAUGAAUAUAUAACUAUUAAAGAAAAUGAAGAUGAAAAAGCAAAUGAGAAGGAAAUUGAAAAAAAAGAUUUAUUUAAAAAUGGAAAUUGGUUUUCAAAUUUUUUAAAAUCAAAAUCAAAGUCAACAACAACAACAACAAGUACUUUUGGAAAAUCAGAUAAAUUAAUGGUUAAUCCAUCAUCUAACUAUGAUAAAUUUACAGAAAUAAAUUAUAAUAAUUUUAAUUUUGAAAGAGAGAUUAAAAGAAUUUAUUUAUUUGAUUAUUUAAAAGUAGAAAAUGAAAUUUUCAUGACAAAAGAUAGCUAUAUGUUGAUGGCUCUAGAAUUUAAAAGAAAAUACCAAGAAAGUGAAGUUUUCAAUGAUGCUUCAUUUUUAAAUUCAACUGGUUUUUAUGAAUCAUUAUUUGUGGUAUCAGUUCUUUAUGCAGAUUAUAAACUAUUGGAAUUUGAUUCAUUUGAUAUUCUUCAAAGAGAUAGUCAUCUUGAAAAAUUAAAAUCCUCCUUUAAUACUUUCUUUUAUAGGAAAAGAAGGUCAGAUUUCCAAGCUUUCUUUUUAGUUUCAAAAGAUAUAGAGAAACAAAUUGAAUACAUUGAUUUUCUUUGCAAGUUAAAUAUAUGUAAAAUAGAUUCACUUUCAGAAUUUGUUAGAGAAAUAAUUUUAUCAAAAUAUUUUAUAAUACCACAACAUGCAGAUCUAUUGGCAAAUUUAUUUAAAAAAUAUUUUUUUAAUUCUAAGAAAUCAAAUGCUUUAGUUUUUGUUUAUAAUAGAGAACUAUUCAAAUAUUUUUAUAAAAACUAUGUAGGACUUUUUGAUUGGACAUCAGAAAUUAUUGCAAAUUUAUUUGUUAAAAAUGAUGAUAUUGAACUCAUUGAAUUUUUACAUGUCAAUGGAAUUAGUGAUUUAAAUUUAGCAAUUGAUUUUUCUCAAACUUUAAAGAUGGCUGAUUUUAUGAUUAAAUUAGGUUAUAAUUUUUCAAAAAAAUCUUUGGAAACUAUUUCAAAUAUAGAUAAUAGUGACGAAACAUUUUCAUUAUUCCAAUUAGCAUUUAAAUCAUUACAAAUGACUUUUUCUAAAGAGAAUGAUUAUGUUGAUGCUGAAGCUGAUGCUGAUGGUGAACCAGUCAAUAGUGUUCAAAAGACUCAAAACUUAAUACCAAUUUAUUUGGUUAGUAAAAAUUAUAGAUGUUUAAAAUUCUUGGAGGAUAAGGUAUUAUUGGGUAUUUUACAUCCUUCAAAGGUUAAUAUUCUUUAUUCAUCACCAAAGAAAAUAAAUGUAUUGACAAUGGAAAAAUUACUACCCUUUUUCAAUCAAUUGUAUGUUAUUAAUAAUGUUUUAGAUACUUUUAACUAUGAUAUUAUUGAUUCUUUCUUAAACGAAUAUAAAAGUAAUGAUGAUAAUAAAAAUCAAAGUAAAUAUAAAUUAGAAAUCGAGAAAUUAACUUUUGUAAAAAUAAUGAAACUUCAUAAAUCAUCCAAAAUUAGAUCUCUCAUUGAAGAAAAUAUAAAUAAUAAUUGUUUAUCUGUAAAAUAA